GCAGCCUAGGCCUGACGGCUGCGGUGGGGCCUGGACGGAAGAGGGGGCGUACCUGAGGGCGCCGCACGUGGACCUCCCGCAUGGGCACGCUCACGUGCACUCUUCUUUUCGUGCUCAGGCAUUUUCUACUUCAUCGUGUUCUCCAGUUCCGACCCCUUCGACCAGUCCUCUUGUAACUCCCAGGCUGGGGGAAGAGUCGGAGCUCAGGGAGUGGAGACCACUGGAGGAAGGGACUUUGGGGUUGAGGCUUUGCCGAAGGAGUAGGAGUUGGUAGGGAGAGGGAAGGUGUACCCCGGGUAGAGAGCAUUGUGUGUGCAAAGGCCUGGAAACAUGAAAGAAGGAACAUUUCGGGAAGUCACGUUGGUGAAGAAAAAGCAAAAGUGGGAGGAAAAGGUCCAGCUGGCAAGGACCCGAAGGGGUAUCCCCAGGUCUGUGACCCGAGAAGACCGGAACAGGCCAGGACAUCCAGGAGGUGGCUGGACAGACGCUUGGCCAGAGGCCUGGCGCGAACCGCCCUCCUUUGCAGAGCCAUGGGAAUGGGAGUUCCCACGCUGAAGUCGGGGAGCCACCUCCCGCGGCCGAGGGCGUUGGGACCCCACCCGCGGCUGCCCAGCCUUGGGAGGGCAGAGAACUGGCCCUCUCCGGUGUCACUGGGAGCAGGUGAGCAGCCCAGCGCAGGGGGAGGGCCGGCAGCCGGACCCUGACGGCUGGGCUGGGCCGGGCGGUCUCCACCCGCUGCCACCUGCCUCUGUUUCCCUGGCGUUGCCUCUUCCCCGCCUCGCGUGUCUGGUCCCCUCUUGCUCUGUCGCACUCCCCCGUUUCUCUUUCUUUUUGUCUUCCAGGGUCUCAGCCUCUAUUUCUGUCCCAGUCUCCAUCCCCCUCUAUUUUCGUCCCGCCCCGGCCCCGCCCCGGCUUCCGCCCCCACCGGGCCCCCUCCCGCGCCCCCGGCGCACAUUCCAGCCUCCUCCCCCGCCCGCGCCCCUCCCUGGAGCCAGCUGCUGCCGCGGUGCGGGUGCGGUGCGGGGCGGAGGAGUAGGCUCUGGCUGGGGUUAGAGGUCUGCAGUGGAUGGGCCGGAGGGCACCCCGACCCCUCUGGAAUGUAGGCGGGGCCUCACCAGGGAGGCGGCCACCCCGCAGGCAGCAGGAGACAGCUGGCUGCAACCGCGAAGCACCGUCCCACACCCAGGACUUGGGACGCUGCCCACACUCAGCCCUGGGGGACAAUAAGCAAACCCCCCCCCAAACAACCCCACAUCAGCCCCUCCACUAGACACACCGACCGGUGUGCACAGCACAUCCCUCCACACUCUAAGGGUGUUUAUUGAGUGCCACCUGUUUGUUAGACUUCCAAGUACCCAACACCCACACACACCCAUAAAACCUGCCCAGGCCCACCCUGGUUCCUCCACAAUCCUUCAAUCAGCUGUGUGACCUUCAAAACGAAGGUACCCCCACUCUUCCCGGGACCAAGACCUCCCUUAAAACCCAAGUACAGGCAGCACCCUCCCGGGAACACAGUGGAGCGGAAGGCCAGCGAUAUCUGGCCACUAGCCUCGAGCUGCAGGCCCUAGGCCCUCCAUCGAUGCCCACCCCUCUUGUGGCCACUGCAGUCCCCUCGUCUGGGUGAGAAACAGGUGUACAUACAUGGGGGUUCAUAGCUGUCCCCUGACUGACUUCAGCCAGCAGCCUUUUGGUCACUGUUGGAGAUACAGGGAGACUGACUCAGGGACAAUGCUCUGUGAAGCCACAUGAAGGUAGAGAACAACAGAAGACUGGUGCUUCCCAAGCUCCCUGUUCCCAGAGGCCCUACUACCAGUGUCCAUUUCUCAGAUGGAGUGGCCCACAGGCCCUGAGAGGGCCUGGGUGCCACCUGCCCACACAGCUGGCCUUUGGUUGUGUGUGACCUUGGAGAGAGAGAUGCUGAUCUGUGGGUGCAUGGACAUGUUCCCUGAGCACCUGAGGCAUCUGCUUGUAUGGGGCCCUCCGCGCUCACUGGGGCGGGCAAAUGCUGUGUGUCUUUGGACUGCGGAAUGUAGGGGUGGCUCUUCUGCUUGGUCGGCCUGUGAGUCCCUUCAGCUUCCCCAGAUUGAGGGUGUGGGGGACAGAACUGAAUCUCCACUUGUCCUCCUCCACUGUUGCGGGAGAGAAAUCCCCAGCCCCAGGCAGAGGCUGCUGUGUGUCCUUUGGGUUUACAGGCAGUCUGUGUACAAAUGAUGCCCUGCGGGUAGAGCCACAGACUUGGGUAGGGGACCCUGGGGUAUAGUGAGUAGCUAUGGAGGGGUCCUGAUCCUCUGGCUUUUAGAGGAUGGGGGUUGUUGCUAAGCAACAUCUGAGUCCAUGGAGGUGGGCAAUCAGCAUCCAUCCCUUUACCCAGUUUUAGAAACUGUGCAUGUCCCCAGUUCCCCAGGGUGAGGCACCUAGGCCAGCUUCAGGGUUUUCUUGGCUGGUGCAGGGACUUUGGCAUUUCCCAGACAUCUCAUGUGGCAUGCCCACAAAUACAGGAUACUGCCCAUCCUGCCCAGUGUUCUCAACCUCUGCCCUUUCCACCUGUCUGCCCCUCAGUGGCAAGGGUCCCUUUCUUGGCCUCUGCAAGUGUAGUGGAUAGAGAAAGAUCAAGCAGGUGUGACCUGGAAAGCAGGCACGGGGCCUUCUGUCCUGACCACCAUCACCAGGUGUCCUCUGGAUCUCACGUGCAGCCUGUCACAUGUGUAUGCAGAUAGCAGCUCCAGGAGGGAACUGCUGGGUGCCAGGUGCAUGGGACUGUGUGACUUCGUGCCCAGUGAGUAUAAGUGUGUGUGUGGUGUGUCACAGGAUAUGUGUGCUGGGGCCCAGCCUUUGCGCUGCUGGGAUGGCCUUCUCUGGCCUGGCCUGACCAGGAGCAGAUGUGACCCAGCAGCCUGCACAUUCCUGGGCUCUGACUCAGGCCUGUGGGGAGGGGGUGAGUCACAGGGAGCUUGGGCCCAGCCCCACCCUGGAUGUAGACCCCUUCCUAGGAACAAGGUGCAGCCCCCUUUGGCCUUCCUGUGUUGCAGACCUCUGAACCUCAGGCACUGGGGACCUCUUGGGGAAGAGAACCCCCUCUGUACAGUCCUAGGCCCACAAGCACACAUGUGCGGCACACCUGGCAACAAGCACGCAGUCUGCGCAUCCCCCACCCUGGCUCUGGCCCCGAGGAUUGGGGCCAGCUGGGUGAGGAGUCUGCCAGGACGGCCCCACUUUUGCGCCCCCGCCUGGCAGCCGCCAGGUGUACCAUCCCGGCCCCCUCCUGUCCCGGAGGGGGCGGUAAUUACGCGGCCCUGGGGUACCCCCCCCCCCCACUACAAGCCUUUCAUCCCCGGCCACUCCCGUCCUUGGUCGAGACGCUCAUUACCGCCUCCCGCCCGGUCAUUAGCUGGAGUCGGGAAAGGACCCAGCGUCCGGCGGGCCCGACCCCGCGGGGAGGGCGGAAUGGGCGGCACGGGAGGGAAGCGGCCCUGCCCUCACCUAUAUAGUGACGCCUGGCUGAGGGAGGGUGGGGCUGCCAGCCCUGGUGGGCGAACCGUCCGGGGAUCCCCCGAAGGGCGCCCCCUCGGAGACCUCUGGUUGGGGAAGGGCAGGUCUGUGAAAAAGCCGACGGCGGGCGCAGAGAUGGAUAGACUCUGGGUCGCGUCCUCAUCCUCGAUGGGCUGGGGCUAAUCCCAAACGCCUGGCCAGGAAUAGCAACACCACUUCAGCCCCGCAAAGUCGUGGGACGAGCUGGGGCAGGUAGCGGGGCUCUGAGGUCCCCACGCCGGGGAGGUACUCGCCCUGUGGGUUGGCCACCCUGACCGGGAGCGAUGGGAGCAGCAGAAGGACCCGACACCCCACGCUAGGCCACGCAGCUGGCGAAUGCCCCGAGGGGCGGGACCCGGGGGCUGGACGCAGAGGGCUUCGACCAGGACGAGAGCAAGGCUGCGGCGCCCCCAUGUGUCGGCGCCGGGCAGCGCGCCCGGCUUCCAGGCCCUUAUGCAGGGGCGGCCUUCGGAGUGAGAAGGGGUCCUCAUCCCGUGUACGCCCCACAUGAGGUUAGUGAGUCAGGGUGACACGCUGAGACGCACGUACACGCAGGCGCAGGUCAGCACAGAGACACAGGUGCAGAGACAGGUAACACCUGAGCCUCAAGCACACAGUGGAGGGGCAGAUGCGCAGUGGACAGCAACCCGCGGUUUCGCGUCCACACCUUACUGAGGACCCCGGAUCGCUGUGGGUACUCGCGGGGACUGCUCCUAGUAAACUUAAUAACUGGGUGCUGGCAGAAUGAGUGAAUGAACACAAGGCUCCUCACAAAACCAGGAGGAAGCAGGGACUCAGAACUAGAGGCAAUGUGGGGGGCCAGAACGAUCCCGGAACUGUGACUACGGCGACACCUCCUAUCCCUGGGAAUCUCUGGGACAAGAAUUCCCGGGCCUGGGAUUCAGAUCAGAAAGGGCGGGCCUGAAUGGCUCCGGGGCUGGGCGUGGCGGCGAUCUAGGCUCCAGGGGGCGUGGGUGGACCCCCUUUGCACCGCCAGGAGAGCAGAGUGCUGAUGUCUCUCUGCUCCUUAUAAUAACCGCCCUGCGUGAGUGGCUGACGCAGCAGCAGGCUGCUGCUGACGGGAGAGGGGGGCAGAGCGGGCGCCGUGAGUCAUGCAGCCGCCGCCUGGGGAAGGGGUCCUUGAGCCCGCUGAGGGUCCCGGUGGCCUUGUCACUGGAGGCAGCUGGGUCAUCUUGACCUGCUUGAGGGUGAAAGGGAGUCUGAGGCCUGGAGUGGGGCUGGGACUUCUUCCUCAGUUUCUCUUGUCUGCAGAGAGACUACUUUUCAAGACUUUCUGGGGGAGGAGCUGUAGUGUGGGUCUAAGGGCCUGGGCACACAGGGAAGGGUUUACAAGCUUCUUCGACUAGGGGGGCUGGAGGUAGAAUGAGCUAAGCGGGCCAUAAUAGCCCCCACCUCACCCCCCGGCCCCAGAAGCAGCCUUAGAUGUAAGGGCCUUUGCAAACUCGGUUUUCUAAUCACAGAGGUGCUCUUGGGACACCCAAGAACCAUGUUAAGAAUGCCAUCUAAAGGACAAGACAUGGGUGACAAAGCAGAGAGAACCCUGACUUUGGGGUGGGUGGUCAGGGGUUGUGGGUGUAGAGACCCACAAGAUGGCUAGGGCUGGGGUGCAUGCUGGCAGCAGGGAGGCCAAGGGCAGAGCUGGACGUUGUGUACACUGGGGACUGCAUGGUGGAGCCACUUGCCUGUGGGUGUCGAUAUGUCAGGUAGAGGUGGAAUGGACAAAUGACGGGUCAGGUGGGUGUUGGGAUGGGGGUGUGCAGGUGACGCACAUGCCAGCGGUUGGGGGAGUGAGGUGCGGAUGUGGUAGGGGUUUGUGGGCCAACUG